GACAGUGCAAACAAUGAUCCGAGCCCUCACAUCCUCAACAUCAACUGCCCGUAGCGCCGAACGCGUUUUCCAGCGUUCCCGAGGCACUGUAUGCUGUAGCCCACAACCAUCCGUGUGUGUGUGUAUGUGCGGGAGCAUAAUUGAACAAUCGACCGAUUGUGUUAUGGCUUGCGGCGCGCAACCCUAUAGAAAAAAAGUUUGAUCGCAGCUCCGUGUGAACUCCCCAGCCCAGCCCAACCCAGCCCCACCGCUUAAAGUGCGGAUGGUAAGUGACGAGAAAACGAUGAAAGGAGGAGAAUGCCAGGAGGCUCACUUUCGAAUGUGGACGAUAUCAUCAUCCCCCUUUCGCGCUCCUCUUCUGCUCGUCUUGCUGCGGACGUCGGACGGUGUGUUGGGAAGGUGGAGCAAACGCAGCGAAUUUUCUUAUAUAAUCCCACGGCAAGAGAUCGUCGAUGGGGCACGGCACCAAGUGGAAAAAUGAGAGGGCGAAUGAAUCGCGUUGGUAGGAUAGAGCGCCACUGUGGUGUUUGUGGGGAUCGAAGAAAGUUACCGACACAAUUUCUCCGUUUGCUUUUAUUUUCAUUCGGUUUGCGUUCGGGUUGGUGCGCUCUCUCGCCACACUGUCUGGUGAGUUCCGAUGCUCUCGCCAAUUCACGAGUCACUCACGAGUUCAUCUGUGUUGUGGGAAACAUCUUGAAAACGUAUUGUUUUGAUUGAUUUUAGUACACAUUUAUAGUGGAUUUUAAGAAUACACACAGCAAAAGUCUACAUGUUUAUAACAGUGAGCGUGUUGGACAAAACACAAAACAAUGUAAGCAAAUCGACGUCUCAUUGUUGUUAAACUUUGAACAGCACAUUGUUUGAAACAUGGGGUAGAAGUGGUUGCUUUUUCAAACCUAAAAUCUGUAUGGUUGUUGGGGUUAGACAGAAAACUAACUAAAAAGCUAAUCAAUUCUAACAGCAAAAAAAUGGCAAAAGUACAAAAAAAAUCGGUUUUUGCCUCUGUUCGUGGCUGUUCAAACCUUUUAACAGUUUGGCUUUCUCUGGUUCAAACCGCUUGGUAAAAAACGAAACCCUGUCCUCUCGUGAGUAACGAUCACGAGCACGCGGGUUGUCGAGAUCAAGAGAGCGCGAGACAAUGUGAGUGGCCACGAAGUCGCACACGGCAGAUAUGCUCCCCAGUUGUUGCGGUGUGUUUCGUUCAUCUGGCGUCCAUUCGUUUGCCGGCAUUCGAAGCGCGUGGAGGGUUAUUUCUGUACCGAACUUACUGUCGGUGUGUCGAUGUAAAAUCCGCGAUACACAGCGUCGUCUCUCGGUGCCUCGGAAUCGCUACGAACGGACGGUGUGUCGUUUCUGAGGAAUCCUGCCUCACGCGAAGUGCCUCGAUAUUCAGUGAAUGUAAAGUGUACAACUAUCGUGCGCUCUUCUAGUGCUAAGCGUGACAGCAAAAACUGUGUGCCCAACGUGAUCGAUGUUCGCUAGUGCCGGAUUGUUGUACUGUUUUGUUCGUGAGAUUACGCUCGAUAAUGACCGCGUGUGCCGCUAGUUUGAAUCCCUGAAUGUUUGAUGUAAAUGAUGAACAGCAGCCUCUUACCGUCGACCGGCAACAGCAGCAACAGCUGUAUGGAACGAUACGUUAAUCGUUAUGUAGUGCAUCAGCAGCCACCGGCACCUCCGUCUCAUCAUCCGGUGCAUUCGCAGCAUCUGCAAGCCGGAACGUCCUCCGUAGCAGCCUCAGCUGCUGGCUAUUAUCAGCAAUCGGCCAACAUACACCCGCAUCAGCACCAGCACCAGCACCAUCAUCCACACCAUAGCACACAUCAUCAGCAGUCGCAGCAUCAGCAGGGACAGUUUGUUACACUGCCAACGCACAGCCAUCCGUCCCAGCAUCCAAAUUCAUCGCUGCCUGUACCACAGUCGCUUGCCCACCAGACGGGAGCAACAGGAAGCCAUGGCGCAUCGUCAAACUAUUCGAUGGUCGGAUGCUACGGUGCGGGUGGAUCGGUCGGUGCUAGCGGGUGGACCGGUGUUCCUUUGAUAUCGACCGCAGGAAGCAACAGGCGGCAGCGUAAACAUUUCGCCGGAAGUGGCGGUGUGGUGUCGAGCAACAAUGGCAAUCACUACCCAUAUCAGCAGCUUCUUCCUCAGCAGCCGCAACAACCACAGCAGCACUAUAACCUCGCGAAGGGGACAUCUUCCGGGCCGGAGUUUGACGAAAACGCUAACCUCACCCGUUUGGCUCUGCACGCCCAAGGAGCACCGUUAAUUCUGUCCAAUUCCAACCGUUACCAUCACGGGCACCAUCGCAACCAUAAAUCAUCAUCGGCUGCCACUCAUCAGACGGCCGGAAGUGGUGUUGGUAGUGCGAAAGUCGUCACUAUUGGCAGCUCACAAAUCCAGCAGGAAAGUUCGACAAAUUGUUCGUCACGAUCCGCCUCUAUACAGUUGCCACAGCAUCCGGGACUCGGUUGUAGCGUGGGGCAACGCCGAUCGAUCGACGGUGCGCAUCCGUCGAUUGUCGGUGGUCAAUCUGGUGGCGGUAUAAUAAAAUCGUACGAAGCCGCAGCGUCGCUCGAGUUGAUCCCCGCAGCGGGCAACUCUAGCAACAGUUCGGCAUCGACAGUUAUGUCCGGCUCAGCGAUGUCUUCAUCGGUUUCGUCGUCCUCAUCAUCAACCUCCUCAACAUCGUCCACCACUUCGACCACUUCGACGGAAAUGUGCCUUCCGCGCAUUAUAAAGCCACGCAAGAGGCGAAAGAAGGACCGUAAGCCCAACGCCAGCCAGGGCACUGCUGCCGGAGGUACCAACGGUGGUGUUGUAUCAGCCGAAAAUGGGACUGAUACGGGGAUGUGUUCUGCGUCGGACGAGGUGAGCGGCGGAUGCGGCGCUGGCUUACAGUGUCUAGAACCGCAUCUGCUGAACCUGGGCGGUGGUAACAAUAUGCAUACGAUGAACAAUAUACUGUUGCAACAUCAGCAAUCCUCAUCAAUGCACUGUGUUCCGCAAUCGAUGGAACCGCACGGUGGUUUGCCGAACGUGCGAGAUAUUCUGAGCGAGCUGAGUUACAUAGCGUCGCACAACCCGUCCGUGCUUUUCCCAGAACGUCUAACGGUGGAACUGGCAAAGUUCCUUGCGAGUAGCUCCAAUGUUCCAGCGGCGAGAUAUUCAUCCGUUGUUCAGCAGCAGCCUCCGCCGCAGCAACAGUAUUCUCAGUUGCAUAGUUUGUUGCAACAGCUGCAACAACAUCAGCAUCAGGUACAGCAACAGCAACAACUGGAACACCAUCAGCGGAUACUGCACGCACAGCAACAACAGUUGCCAAGUCAGCAAGAUCAGCAUCAACAAAUGCUUAUGCAGCAGCACCAGCACCAUCUGCAGCAGUACUUAACACACGCUCAAUAUCCUCAGCAACAGCUGCAGUCACAGCAGGACCAGUUCCUGCCACAGUGUAGCACAGCUCUUGGCACCAUCAACAGUCCUAGCACUGGAAGUGAAUCGAGCGAUUCCGGCAAUGGCUCUCUCCUCUGUCCACCAACUGCCGGAUUUUUCUUCCCCGCCUCGUCAGAGAGGAACGCCGGGUUUGUAGAGUCAUCAUCUGCACCAGCAUCCAACGUAUCGCCGUCAUAUACGGCAUCCGUUCCAUUACCGGAACCGGCGAGUCCUUCGGCAAGUUCGAACUGCAGCUGUCGGUUGUGCGAUCCGUUCGGGCGUAUCUGGGCUUUCCCGAUGUUGCGACACUCUUCCUGUUCUUCGGUGGAUGGUUUCGAGUCGGAAGGUGGUCGUAAAAAGAACGUUGGUGUGAUCGGUAGCAACCGGAACAGUGGUGCGGCUUCGCGUAGCACUUGGUGCACGACGGCCGAGUCGCCAUCGUUCGCGACACUCAACAUCGGCGAGAACGUUGAUGGUUGUCUUUCGCGUAAGGGAAGCUUCAGUGAUUCUGGGUCGGAUUCUGGAUGCGAUCUGUUGCUCAGCCGACUUCCGGGCCUUUGCUCAACGGAGGAGGAGGAAGAAGAAGAUGACGAUGAAGAGGAGCACGAAGAGCAAGGUGAUUGUGUUGGUGAAGAAAGUGACAGUCUUAUGUCGUCGGUGCAGAAUGAUGAAGCUUAUGCUAGAUGCUACCGUGACCUUCCGUGGCUUGGUGCGAUUGUCGGCCAUCAGGCGGUGGUAGGAUCUUCGGCAGGGGCUAAGGACGAUGAGUUGUUGCUGAUGAGCGAGCUUACCAAGAAGCUGCAUGAAACACUCGAUCUCGUUGACGAGUCUAGCUCGGGUCUUGAGGCGUCCCGCAGCAAGAAGGAAGGUGCCGGAGUAAUGGCACCUCGAAGCGGAAGUUGCAGCAGCAGCAGCAGUAGCACCAGUGAUAACAGCAGUGGACUGGGGAGUCUCAUCGGAGCUGACUCAUCGUCGUCCCUGUCACCACCGUCCGAUGCUUUCGUCAGCUUUGACGCAAUGUCGCGGAGCAAUCUAUUCGGUGGGAAGGGCAGCAUCGGGCAAAGGCUGCUGAUGGGUGGUGAUCGCCUGUUUGAUGGUGGCGUCGAGUGUCUUGUGAUGGAUGAGAGUGAUGUGCGUGCGAGUGAGUUAUUGAAAAGUUCCGCCACAAAUGCUUAUCAGAUGGUGUCCUUUAAAAGGAGCCUAAGCAGCUCCAAGUGUGAAGAAGGUCUGAUGAAAGCUGGUGUAGUGAGCGUGGCAAAUGGUGAAUGUGCUACCGAAGGUAGUUGUGGCGAUGACGUGUCGCAGGAGAGUAAUGUCGUGCAGUUUGAAAAGCGAAACCCGCUUAGCUUGCGGCCCAUAUCCGUUGUGGGCAGUUUGUUCUCGGUGAAUCAGCAAAACAGCGCCCCAACCGGAAGUAGCUGGAUCAGUAGCACUGGUAGUACCGGUGCUGGUAGCGGUCUAGUUGGCGGUGAGCAGCAGUCCCAGCAGUUCCUGAACGAGCAUCAUCAGCCUCACCGACAGCCAUCGUCCGAUGGUGGUCUCGGUGAGAUGCUGAAUUGCUUCGACACAUUCUGGAGCGGUGGCGAUCAUAAGCAAUUGCUGCUGACCGAAAAGUAGUUGGGUGUUAAGUGUUCGUUCCGUUGCGCUGAAGUGUGUUAAAGUGUAAGCGUGUUUUAAAGCGAAUAGAAAUUAGUCGGUUUUGGGUCCGGGAUGCGUUAAUAGUUCCUGUAAGCGUGGACGGAUGGAUUUUACCAACAUAUUGCUUAAUGGUAAAAUGUGGAGCAAAUGAUUCGGGCGCAUGUAUUGUUGUUGCAAUUUGUUAAGGUACAACAUUUUUCUUGCAAAACCUGGGAAGAUGGAAGAAAGGGUUCACCAAUUUAGACAAGAUUCUGAGAUGUAUUUUGAUUGUUGACACGCGCAACAAUAAUUGGUACGACAUGUGUUCUAUUACGGUAAAGGCUAUUUAUUUGGAAAGGAGGAUUGUGUAGUGCGGGAAUUGUAGCCCUUUUAUACAGAUACGCGUUAAUGUAAAUGGCGUGGUGUUUAAAUGAGCUUAACUUGCCGUUGACAGAGAAAAAUUAAUCUCACACCAAGCAAGAACCAAUCAAAUUUAUGGGAUGUGUUGAAUAAUUUUAAUUUUAAAGUUUUCUAAUGGGUUUCUUUUGUUAGGGUUUCUUUGUUUCGUUUUGAUAAGCCUUAUGUUUAGGAUUAGUCGACUUGUAUUUGUUGGUGUGCUGUGUUAUGUUUCAUCUAAUGCAACACUCGAGUAUCGUGACAAGAUAAGAGCCGUCACGUGGUUUUUUUUUGUAGGUUCUUUAUUGUGUGGAAAGGCGGAAAACAGACAUAAAUAUUAAAGCAUAGUCUGUUGAGCAGUUCUUCGGUUGGGGUAGAAUGGCUGGUAGGAAUAUAGAAGAAAGGAACGUGAAAGACGUGUCGAUUUUUGGUCCCAAACGACGUCUUCUACUUGCUGCCCUGUGCUUAUUACCAAUCGGUCUAAAUCAAAGGUGCCUUUCUGUGGGUCAAGCAGCGGCAGGCCGGCCUCUCGUGUGCUUGGUACUUGGGCAUGUGUAGUUUUGACAUGCAAAGCGCCAAACCUUGGUUACCCGAAGCAUUAACUUUUAUGACCGACAGUUUGAUAUGAAUGACAAUUAUCUUGGGAGGGAGAGGGCAUUAAUCUCAUUUCCUUGUCAUGUGUGUGGUGGGGUUUGUCUGUCCACACCAUGGGCAUAGUUUUUUGGUGGGUUUUCUUUGUUUGUUUUUUGAUUCAUGUGCGUAAUAGAAACACGGGUGUUUUUGGGCGAACUUUUCUUUCUUUCGUUAAAACCAUUUUCUAGUUUUGCUGUCGGCUCUUUAUUACGGCUCUCCGUUUGUGGUCGUGGUUCCCAAAGGAAGCGUCGUUUCAGAAAGAAUCGAGCGUGUGGUUUUGGUAAUCAGUUGCUGGAGUGUUGGGAGGCAACAUAACAAAACCAAUCUUCGGUGGAGAGACCACUCGAAGAAAGGCUUGGCAAAUUUAAUGUAUUGUGUUCGGGACGGUCUCUGAACGAAAAACGUCCAAAACAUAGCUUGAAUUGUGACUCUUGUGACCCGAUUUGUGAUGGCGGUAUGUUUGUGGUGAAGAGGUCCCUGUAUGCGCACGCGUCGUGUUCUGAAAUAUUCGGUAGUGGCGCGAUGUGCUAUGCCUAUAUAAUGAUGAGUCCAGUAACCAGCGAGGGAGAGAGAGAGAGUGAGGAAUUCAUAAGCGUGGCAGGAUUUUUUCUCUACUCGAACUAUAAAUGUCUCUAUAUUUCAUAGAUCAUUUGUGCUUCGAUUUAUAUUCGAUUUGAUUUGGUUUAUAGUUGAAGUACAAGAGAGAUCCAUAAUCCAGGUUCAUACCCAUGCAAUACAUGCUCUUGAUAAUUUCGUUAGGUCUUGCAUAUAAUUAUUUUGCAAAACAAAUGGAACUAAUGAUUUUCUAACACAUCUUCGUUUGACAUACCUUAAUGUACCUUAAUGAGCCCAGAUUUAAAAGUGAUUAAGCUAUUGUGUCACGUAGAUAUAGAAACAGACACAGCCUAAGAGCGCUGCUCUUUGGUGUUGUAAUUUACGCUGAAAUCUUAAUUGGUACCGAAAAACAAUGCAUUUUUUUAGGUGUGCAAAAAUAUGCAUGAAAAUGAUGAAAAUACUGUGUACAGGUCAGGUAGCAGACAAAAUCACGUUUAAAAUGCUGCAACGCAACGGUGUGGUGUCUGAAAAAUGUUGGUAUAUUUUUGGUAUUGUUUCAACAUUGCAUUUUUUGUAAACGGUCUGCAAACUUUUGCAACAAGCCCAAUGCAACGAUAUAAAAAAUGGAAACCUGCCAACAGAUCUUCAACCGCCUGGGCCAAUCUUGAAGCAGGGGCUUCGAGCUGGAUAUUGCAAAAUUUUAAAAAUGUUGGGCAUCGGUCAAGCACUGAUGUAAGUUGAGUAAGUGAAGCGAGUUUUUGUGCAGAUGUCUGAAACACAUUUGAAGGGCGAGCCAUCCAAACGGGGGUCCAUGGAUAUCCAAUUUUUGGAGAAUUUGGAGAAUUGUUUGUAUAGGAGACCUCGCUAAUCCAAGUGAUUGAACUCUUUUUAUUGUAGAACUUGAUGUGUAGUAAGGCACUACUGAUAACAUCUUCUUCAGAACGUAUUUUUAACCCCUUGUUAUUAGAAAUAUUGCUAAUAGCUUGGAAUUCGGGCGAAGCAUGCGUGACUGGCUAAACGUAGGAAACUCUAAAUUAAAAUAUUUUGAUGAGUGCAAGCCAGGGAAUAGCAGAGGCUGCUAAUUAAUUCAUCUAUCAAGCUUAAGCAAUUAAUUAGAACCCAUCAAUAAACUGGGGAGGGAGAGAACCUGCCCGAGGAGACUAUAAAUGUUUUUUUUUCGGAACGUUUCUGUCGAAGUGUUGUUUUCGUGGCCACAGUGGAAUCUGCCACAGUGGAGAGAUAGUUUAUGCUUGAGUUCGUUUUAAUAUUCCGAGCAAUCCUCUUUCACAGUCUGGAAACGUGUGGCGGGCAGAAAGCGUAACGAGUUUAUGUAUUUCUGUGUGUGUGCGCGUCUUUCGCUCCCCAAGCAAACGUGCCCAGAGCGCUGGUUGAGAUGCAGUGAAAUGCAGCCGGCCGCUCUGUUCCCGAUGUGCAGAGCUGGGUGAAAUUCAAGUCAAUUGGUUGGUGGUUGGGCGAAUGGGAAGCUUUUCGGGUUGUUACUGAUACGAUGGCAAUGAUUAUGUCUGGCCUGGUAGACCGGGUGCGCGGACCGGAAGCAGCAGCAGCAUGCUCAGUGUAGAGAAUUAAUAAUUCAAUAGCCUGUCGGGUGACUACUUGGCGACUGAUUUGCUUUCCGCGAGCGCUUAGCUUACGUUUGCGAGAUGGUUUAAUUUGAAUUUAUUUCCUUUCUAGGAAUGAUGGGAACGGGUUUCGGAAGAAUAUAAUCGUUUGAAUCUGUCCGAUUCCUAUCGCCAGCUCUGUGUCACUUAAUUGAAAUUGUAUUGCAUCAAUUUUCCCUUGAAUGUUCCUUUUUGGCAAAGACUUCAAUGCUUAAGUAGACGACGAGCGUUUCAUUAGACCGCUGAGUGUGUCUUCAUACAUUGAAUCGAUACGGACACGGUUCGUGGCCGUUCGACUCUGCCCGACGCAGUUUGUUGGUUGCGUACAGUGUGGCUUCCAAUGAUGGGAGACCCGCGAGGGAAAAUUAUUGAGCACGUGAGCAGUGACUUUCGCGCGCCACCAGGCUGUAAUGACGUUUAAUUGUCAUUCACUGCCCCAGAAAGCUGUUGAUGCUUACCGCCCGAGACAACUACACCGCAGGUGCAGGUGUUGGCAGGCUGUUGUCGCUUCACGGGGCAUAUGGAGUGCAGUGAGCAGUUGCGUACCACCUGCGUACCCACCGCGCCCUCACCCACUCGGCUCCAGUGUCAAGGUGAGCUAAAAGCUGCCAUCGCGGUCUCGUAUCGGAUGAUGCGUUUUCGCUCUCCAAUUACUAAAUAUGUCGGCGUUAAAGCAGUCAGCGCAAAGAUCGGUAAGCUUCGAUACGCGUCUUGGGCUGUGUUUUCUUAUGCUUCAUUUUCCCCGUGCACUUGAGGUGCGCAUUUUUCUGUUCGCACUUGUACCUGUGUAGGAAAUAGGUGGAGGUUUCAGUGCCUCGUUUAAUUGGAGACGCACCGAGAGAGAGAGCCCCUCUGGAUGUGUGGAUCCAAUAUCGUAAAUAGUUGCGUUGACGAAUGUGCUGACGAGUGAAAGUUAUGAAAAAAGGGGACCGCAACGCUUUUGAGAGUUGUUUCUAUUUCCCAUGUGCUCUGUUUGUUUAACAUUGCGAAUCGGUUGUUGCUGAUUACUCGUCUAUAUUCAGCUAGAAGUUCAAACAAUCCCACACCAAUCGUUCAGUUUUUUUUUGACAUUUGUCCUUUGCGAUGUUCGAACUAGUUUAAGUAAGGAACAGAAAAAGAUUCCUAAAACAAUGUGAGGAUGACAAUAACGCUGUCAUUCGAUUGACCUCCACAACUCACUCCAAAUUGUCUCACAUGCUCCACAAACCUGUUUUCAUUGCCCUGGGGAGUUUUUGCUGUUGUAAAAAAUGCUGAUCCUUGUUGCCAUUUUCAGUUUAUGUUUGGUUUCUUUUGCUUGCACUGCCUUUUCUUGUGGUGGUUCAGCAAGGAAUACCUGUUUUCCUUCGGGGAAUAUGGGUGAAACCUUGUGUGGUGUUGCAUUUUCCAUUUUUUGUUGCUAUAAUUUACCGAAAACAUCUCGAUUUGAAAUUUAUUGCUUCGGUGUACUUGCAGGUAUUUCUCUCUUUUUUUUUCAUUCUUAAAUUUUUUUGCUAUCGGUCGUUUUUGGAAUGCUCCGUCUGGCUUCAGCAGUUGGUGUGUUUCAGUGUGUGUGUUUUUUUUUUUAUUUACACAGUUGUACCUUUUUUUAAUUUCCAAAUGGCCCAUCGACUACCUUUGCUCUGAAGCUUAGUGAGAUUUUCGCCCAGACUCCGAAAAGAAAUGGUUGCUUGUUCUCCGUUCUUUUUCGAACCCGAUGGAACAAGAAGAAUAUUAAGAGCUCAAAAAGCCCUUGCAUCAGCUUCGCUCUUGAUGCUUGUUCUCCCUUCUUUGGCCCCAGGGCUGUAUGUUGCCAAACGUUUAAUUUAACCAUUUGAGAAACAAUUUUCAUUCUUACAAUUGACUGAGGUAAUGUAACGAGCUCUUCUCUCGGAUGGUGUUCUUUUCCCGAGGCAAAACGUUAUUUCUCUCGGCGUGGUUCGGAAAAAAAGUCUCAACCAAACGCAACUCGAAGAUCCCGAACUUGACAAGAAAACAGAAAUUGCAAUAAAAAAGCAAAACGAACCCCACCUAACGGCAGGAAUGGCUGAUUGCCACUGUCGCUGGGCAAAUGAUAAUUGCGGUACGGCAGGCGAAUUUGGUGAUGCAAUUUCGUGCUCAAGAUCGCUGUUGUGCUCCAGCAUCCAAUUUGAUUGGGCUCGGCUUCGCUGGCGUUUCAUUUCGAGCAUACGAAAGGCCGGCUAUCAUCAUCAUCGUGUAAAGGCAGCAUAAAAGGUGUUUUGAUAAAAAGCAAUUUGCCUCGCCAAACAUCACACACUAGCCGAUGUGGCGAUUGUUAAUCGAAAGUGCAUUUGAAUGCAAUUCAAUUUGAAACGAGUUCGGUUUUUGGGAGUUUAAGUGUAGAUCGGGCUCGGGAGGUGGGAAGUAGAACCAUGUAAUGAUGUGUUUCCGUGACGUGAUUAGGGUGGCGUACAAUCGUGGUGUGUGGUAGCCGCAGUGAAGUCGACCUCCGAUCGUUAAGAAUACGAUUUUCAUUACGAUGGAUAAGGUAACGAAUGUUACCUACGAUUGGCGUGAACUACAAGACCCAAAUCAAUCUGAAAUGCAAUUCGUUACGAUCGAUAAACACCGUCUCCGAUGUUAAUGUACUUGAUAAUUACACUGGAGUUUUGUGUAAUUGCAUAUAAUUUGUAGAAUGCUUCAACCAAGUUUUCUUAAGUUAGCAUUUGGAGCAAAUUGGAUAUAUUUCAAAUAGUGACACACUAAGGAUUUAAGGAAACCCCAAUGAUAAGUUAGGAAUAAACAAAUACUUCCAAGAUCCAACUUGUAAAGUUCAAAAAAAUGUUUUAGACGAUUGUUCCAGAACUAUAGCAAAAUGUGCCUUGUUCUCUGCUAAUGUUCUCACAAAAUUUAAAUGAAAUAGAAUUUUGUGCGAUUCUAAAUGUUAAUGUUAUUCAGCAGUCGUAAAGUGCCGCCCGCGCCGCGCUUGUCGUCGCUGAAUCUGCCGCUCAAUUUGUGAUUCGGACCGAAAAAUGGAAGGUUUAUGCUAAUACCGAUGGCAUCAUAAACUUCUCUAUGCUCUCGUGUGGUCGAUGUCAUUUGCCUCGCCCAGGGUCUGAGCGCUAUCCUCAAACGUGCGGCAACAGUUUGUCCUUGAAAGCGAACGAGCACAGCCGGCACGGUUGGUUUGUCGCAAAACCGGCCAAAAACAGCGGGCCGCACACACCAUGCUCUUGAGAGUCCAUGCUGACCGGUGGUAGUAGUCUCGGUCCGACGCUGGAUGGUGGAUUUAGUGGCUAUCCUUGAGCACUAUGGCCAGAGCACUUGCUGCUGCCGGUGCUGCUGCUACUCAUCGAGAUACUGGUUUUUGGGAGCGCCUGCUUGUCGCAACCUGUGCAAAAGAUAGUCGUCGAUGGUGGCUAUCUGUUGCUCACUCACGAAACAGCAAUCCAGCGAAUUCCCUGCGGCAGAAAUUACAUGGUCAAGAAGCUAGCCAGUAGGAUGUAGGAAUGGGAAUGUGAAGGUUUUUGGGUGCAAUUUUCGCAUUUUGGAAUUUCGGAUGAGCGCAGCUGUGUGUGCGUGUGUGUGUUGGGUUCGUUAGUCGAAACUCGUUCUGGGUCUACGUUUACCUUUACCCUAUUAUUGUUGAUGGUGCCCGGGGAGUUUGAAGGACAUUUGUUUGGCAUUUCUGCAGGAAUCCAGAUUUUCGUGUAAAAACUGCAUUAACUUGACUGAGUCUGUGCGGCUUGUAGUUCUUUUUUUUCUUGUUGAAAGUUUUUUUUGCUACUUUUGUUUAUAUUUGACCUCCGUCGAUUUUGCUGAUUAGAACCGCAGUUAUGUAAGGAACAUUUGUUUCCUGCAUAUGUCUGAUCGCAGCACCACAUAUUGGUUUUGUUACACGUGUUAAGGUAGUUGAUGUUUAUCUGAACUGAGCUGCUGUAGCUCUAUUGCGUUUAAUCAGCAGAAUAAACACACUCAUACACGCUGAUAAACAAGCUCUCGAAGUCAAAUCGAACCAAAGCCAAUACGAUCUCGUCCAUACGCCUGAACAAUCGGCAAUAUUGGUGAUGUUGUACAGAAAGAUGUGAACUCAUCGGACGCAUGUAAAACAAAAUAAAUGCCACUCCCUAUAACGGCUUGAAACUCCAGCAAAUCUCCGGCACAUACCAUUCCGCUCUCGACGGUUGAACAGCACUUAAGAAAUUAAUCCCCUGUUACACUCGCCAGGGUUAGAGACGGCUGGUCCAUCCUGUAGGCUAAAAGAUGUUCGGAGCUUCACCGCAUAAAGCGCGGUAAUGGCGCGUAAUAACACUUAUCAAUCAAAAUUAUCACCUCCGCGCGAGCGCGCCUACUGUAGACUACUACUACUACUACUUUUUCUACUCCGUGAGGUUGACUAUUCCAUGAGUCAACAGAAAGCCUCUAGACGUGUGGAAUGGAAUCUUCUUGCUGCGUGAUACAGCUUAGAUGCUUGGAAGCAGCGAAGAGAAUGACGCAUUUAAUUGCCCCGACGACGAUCGGUGGAACCGUGGGCGAGCGAUGAUAUGGAAGAUUUCCAGUAAAAUCGAAAGUCUUCACUGAUGUGUAGUGCUUUUGGGAAGUGGUUUACGAAGCAGAGAAAAAGCAGAAAGAAGGACGGCCGAGAUGGAGAAGAAUAGAAGCUUUACGGAUAAAAGGAAAUGAUAGAGAAAGGGAAAUCAGAGAAAUAGGCUAGUUGGGAAAAUAUUUUUUCCUUCUCGUUGAGCCCCACCGCUUUUCUGGCAUAUCACGAUCACCAUGACCGACCAUCAAUCAAAGCAGCACCAAACUCGGCCCCAAACCCGUAUGAAGUAGUAGCAGAAGCUACGAAACAAGGAAGCGCACCAGUUUAACCGGGGCGGGAAGGAGAGAUGAUGAUGCGGUUGAUGUUAAAAUGUUGUUUUCACCCUGAAGAAGCAGCGGUAAGAAGGGCUGUGGCUUGGUCUAAGUUGUAUCAUUUCCGUUCGGGUCAAAGUGUGUACAUUUCUUGAGCACCUUAACAAAAAAAAAAGAAACAAAAAGAACGAACGUUGUUUCUCCGCUAACGAGUGGUGUAAUUUAUGUUCUCCACAUCUCCUCGUGAACCAUUGACGGCGAAUUGUUUUCGAUCUCAAUUCGGACAUUCAGCGUGCACCUGCCACCAGCCGAACCAAUCGAAAGUUAGAAUGCUUACCCACCCCGUUCGGUCUGUGUGCUCUUUAAAAGCAGCACAGCUCGGUCGUGUCGCGGUUUGUCGCUUACGAUCGCGUUGAAGUCUUUCGAGCUUUAUUAUAGGGAGGCAACACGAUAGUGCGCAAGAUAAAACGGACGCACACAUUUAGUCGGCGGUAGGUCAAAAUUGCGCAAAUCGAGAAUGAAUGUUUUUUUUUUUGGGGUACUGUACAGAGGGCAGCAUUUUCGGUGAAUGCGUGGCAAAAUUGCCUUUUAAUGAUCCGCGAGUUUCUGUACAUAAUGCCCGACGGCCAUUAAUUUAUGGUUGUUCUGAGAGUGGGCACCGAGAGAGAGAGAGACGGGUAGAAUUUCGCAUGGUGAACCAAGGGAAGGCGAAAAGGCAGAGGCCGAUCAGCAAGGAAACUUAGAACGAAGGAAGGAACAAAAGAGUGCGUGUGUUACGUAAAGCGAAACGUCGUUGUCGUCCAUUGAGCGAGACACAAAGCUCCCGGGCAUUAAGACGACUAAGCACAUGCAUAAUAGCGAUUGUGCAAAUAAUGUUUCGCCUCUUUUUUUUUUUUUUGAAUGCGUGGGCUUUUGAUAAUGCGUGUGAAAUUUACAGAAAAUGCCAUGGUCAUGGGGUUAGUCCGGCUGUUUAGGCUCCAUUUUCUAUUAGUUCGAACGCUUGGGCGAACCGGUUGCAGUUAACCGAUUGUCACACACUUGUCGUUUUGUCAAGCCUUGCGUCAUCGCCACUGUAGAGGCGCGAGAGAGACUGUAUUGGCCAAUUAACCAUUUUCAGUCCAGCCUCUCUAGCUGGAGUUACUGGUGAAAAGAAAAGUUUUCCAGAUAUACCCCCCGGUGUAGGGCCUUUAAGUUAAUCUCAAUCUCCCCGAUAGAAUGACGACAGAAAUGAAAAGUCUUCAAGGUUUUAUUGGAGAUUGCCGCAACUAUUACCAUCAGGUCUCAGUACGACUACGAAGGUGGGAAGGGGGUUAACGAUCGUCAUAAGAAAUAAAAUAUGGUGUUUAGCUGACUGCGGACUGGCAAAGCAAAAUGAGGCGCUUCGUCCAACGACGCUUUAUUGCCGCCGUUUUAUUACACAUUUACACUUCUGCGUGGCCGGCAGAACGUUGGCUGCUGCAACGGUUGGGCAUCGAUUCGCUUCAAUUCUGCGGCUUCAUUCGCUUGCAAGCCGUCGCCCGCAUUAUUGGCCAGCUAGUUCGAGAACCUGUGUUUUGUGGCUGCUGCAACUGCACGCACGCGAAUGGCACACACUGGCUCAGCGGGAGGGCUCAGCUAUGGCUAGCAAGUGGCAAAUUAUUAUGCAUUUAUUUGCAUGACUGUUGGUGUUGUGAAGCUGGCGCUGAUGAUGAUGAUGCUCGGAGUGGCGGCAAUGAUGUUGCGAUGGUAUACGGCACAAGCGGGUUAGCUACUUACUACCGGCAGAACGGCACCACGGAACCACCAGUGUGUCGGCAACGUUGCUGUUGUAAAACAUUUAAUGUGCCGCCGGUUGUGGUUGCAAAACGGAGGUGUGCCUGCCACUGGUUGCCAAACGGCAUCGGUGAAGAUAGGGUAUGCCCCGAUCAGAGCGUCGUUCCUAGGCUUCGUCCUCAUUUUCGAGCCUUCUGCUUUGUUUCGUUUUCAUAAUUCAAUUAAUGUUUAGCUGAUUAGCGGUAAUUGUAUUUAUUUAUGCUUUAAAGCUUCGUUACUCGAGGGGAUUUAUGUGGAUGUGAAUGUGUGAGGCUAUGAAUGCAGCAACAGUGCAACAGUCUGUGCCACAGGUUUCGUCGAUGCCGGCUUGGCUCAAUUGACGGGUGGUGUGUGUGUGUGCGUAAAGAAUUCAGUUGCAUUAGCAAUGCAGUGAAGGGAGUAUUGAAAUAUCAGCAUCAUAAUGUAAGCAACCGUGGAGGACAGUGUUGUAACAUAGGGAUUUUUAUAGCAAGUCAGCAAAUGGGUUUAUCUAAAGAAAAUAUUUAAAAAAGUUUGCUAAGUACUCUGAAUAUGGAUAUGUUAUCUGCCCCUAAGCAUUAUAAGCUAUUUGUUAACUAAAAUAAUUAUCCUGUAUCGUAUCCAUGCAGAAAUAUCUAGAAUACUGAAGUUAAUGUGAAAUAGCUUGAAAUUUUCACUCUCCAUUUUUGUUCCAUGCUACGAAGGUACGAAUCAAUUUGGGCCAAGCGGGCAUGCAUGCACAGACUGUGCUUUCCUUGUUUUGGGAACUCUUCUUUUCACUCUUAUUUAGGUCCCUUCGUGUUCUGGGGCUGCCGUCUGUGAAGUCACACGGCACGUUACACCACAGCGUUCCAUUGUGUCGGCGGGUGCCCAGUGAUGAUGUGUUUUUUUUUGCUGGUUUGUUCCACGAUGGUGAAACUCGUACGUCCGUUUUAGGUUCGGGCUGCGCUGUUCUCUAAUGGUUUUUUCUCCAGAGCGUCUAGCAAGCCGACGGUUUUUGAACGGAAAAUUAGAUUCGCUGCUAGCUAAUCUAAUUGCUUUGCCUCCUACGUAUUGAUGGCGAGUUAUGUUAUGAAAAACAGUUUAAACUAUGGACGGGGUCCACGGAAUGGAGUGGGGGAUUUUUUAGCGGACGUGUGAAAUCAUCUAUCGCGGGUGUACUGUUAGGUUAUGUAACCCGGUAACCUAAACGAGAACUCGCCUCCCACCGCCCUGCCCGGUCUGGCACACAUUUUCCCAACAUAUUUGCAUGGAAGAAGCAUCGCUAACGGUGGUGACCGAUCAUUACCGAUCAUUGAUGGCUUAAAUUUUGGGGCUUAGAGGGAGAGAGAGAGGAAUGUGUCGGAAUAUUGGGAACGACUAAAAUAACGCAUUUUUUGUGGUAAUGUUUUUCGUAUUUCAUACACCGAUGCACUAGGAGGAUAAUAUGGUAUAAAUAUCACAAAUGCAAUGCACUGUGGACCGAAAACUUUGCGUGAUGUUUGAUUUAUUAGAGACACGUGGAAAUGCGUUAUUGCAAAGAGCUUUACAAACGCGGAGGUGUUAAUAUCUUAUGCUGUACAAUGCAUUCCUUCAGAAUUUAAAAUUGUAAUCAGAAAAGUAGUAAUAUUUCUUCGACACGAACCACAUAUGUGUAUCGUUGAAUAAAUCAUUUUGAGUCGAGCAAAUUACAAAAAAAAAACUGAAAUGGGGUGUGAAAGCGUGCAGAAACUUGAUAUAUUGAUGCUGAUUCAAACAUAUGAAAUCAGAGUUUCGUUGGCUUGCUGCUGCAUUACAAUGAUUCCACAUUUCGGAUACGAUUCAAUGAAGAAUCCAUUUUAAUGCUGGUGUUUAGUUUUCCGGGAGUUUAUAUGAGGUCGUUGAACGUAUCCAAAAAAUCGGAUUUAUUUCUCCCCGGCCAGAAAGAUAAAUCUAGUAUCCACGGUGAACAGCCUGCGAUGGAUGAUGGAAGAUCCAAUCUAAUCCAUCUGAUCAAUGUGCCACUUUCUUAUGAGGGCGUUGAUGCGAUCACCCAUAUCAGCUGAUUCAAUGAGUUUUUUCCGCAAAUAAAAGGGUGCUGGAUGCGGGAUUUAUUGCCCUUUUUUUCGGCAACAAUAUUACCGUUUCAUGUAUUUGCAGCUGUGGUACGACGUAACGCACGUUUUACCAACGAAUAACCUUAAGCAAAGUUUCACGUUCAUAUAAGCUAAGCUGAGUGUUACAGAAAGUAUUGGCUAGAAAGGUUACAAUUCAUAGUAGGAUGCUGUGGAAGGACGGUGCAACCUAAACACAUUAUACAAUAUCAAAAUACAUCUCAAGAAUGGUCAGCGUGCCGCCGAUCCGCCGUUUCCCACCGGGCAAAGUGUAGCAGCAGUGGUGGCUUCCACAACAUGUGUGUUCCAUUUGCGCCGAAUCAUUUGCUCCCUUUUUUCUGUUCAUUUUCCCUCCACCGCACUGGUAAUGUGUUGUGUGGUGACGCGAGGAAAUGAACGUAGCGUGUACGGGUAGGAUUAAUUAGUGGUAUUAUAGGUUAAGGUUCGUUAAAUGUUACUUUUUUUCUACACUCGAUGGUUCGUUCCCUCACCUGUAUCGUAUCGUUUCAAGCACAUGCACACGCACACAGACAUUCAUAAAAUGUAGUGCUACUUCUGCCGAAGUGGUGUAGCAUAAGGGCAGUGCAGUAAAGCGUCCGGGUAAGCUCUGUUGAACUGAUCGAUCAUAAUCGGCUUUACACAGGUAGAUAUGUAGACAGAAGCGCGAGGAAAAUAGGCGAGCGAACCAUUACACUUUGUUCACUUAGUUUCCCGUUCUUUUUUUUUCCACCGACGAUCGCUCGUGUAACGCAAGCAAUGUGGGGUCUAAAUUAGCUGGGUCGCGUCUGCCUGCAUUGGUAAAAUUUCCAUAAUUUCAAAUCGCCCAAUGAACUCCCGCUCUAGCGCGCUCGCACAAUUGUGUUACGCUGUUAUUGUUAUCUGAUCGUGUCCGGUACACUCAUUUAAAAACGGGGCACACACUACCAGGACACGAACGAUGCACAUGUUAUGUAGAAUGUGUAGGUGGCCCACAUUAACAUUAACAAGCAGAAAAUUUGGAGAAAGUUUUAACGGUAGAACAGAACACGGCUGCGCAAAAGCAUCAUGUCGGUGACUCAAUCAAUGUGUCUGUGUCCUGUUGACCAUUGACACGGCACAGGGAGGUUAAUGCCGCAUUCGAAUCAUGUGCAAAGAAAGCGGAUGCUUCACUCUAUUAAAUAGUGGAUAAGCAGUAAGAGUUUUGAUUAAGAGAUCACCAUAACGCGCCUUGAAAGGAUUAAUCGUUAAGAAAAUACGCCUAGAAUUUUGUAUCAAUCAUGAAAGAGAGAGUAUUGUUUUAAAUACAGGCGAUGAAGACGAUGAAAGUUGUGUUUUAUAUUAUAUUCUAUUAUGCUGUGUUACUGGAAUUCCUAUUGCUUCGAUUAUGAGACAGUACGACCGCCUUUAGUAUACAACUCCUCCGCACUAAGUAUCACGAUGAAUCGGAACGUCUUUAGUGAUUAUAUGGGAGGUCAUAAGAGAUGUGAGAUAGGAAGGUGUGUUUUAUUAUUAAAUUUGUAUAAGUCUUAUAAGUAUUUUAAGUACUCUUCAGUUUAUUAUAGAUCGGUUUUAACAAACACACGAAAUACUGAUUCGCAUUUCCCCACGCCAGGAAGUAGAUGCGAUAAUAUACCGAAAUAAAAUGAUACGUCGAAAAGCUUAA